GGAAGCGCGCCGCACCACGCCACCUCCCGUCAUCACAAGUAGUAACGCGCUUAGAAUGAAAUGUUUUAAAGCCGGUUUCAGACACGAGAACGACGCCGGGCUGCAGGUUUAAUUAGAAAGCAGGAUUUUAAGCAGGGUGAAUGUUAAGGAUUUAUAAUAGAGAAAGAAUUAAGAGAGCGUUAACAUCAUCAUGGUGGCGGGUGAGAUGAUUCAGGAACCAGUGAGACAUGGAGUCGACACACCUACGUGUGCGGAUCAGUACGACAUUGUCGCGGACUGUGAUGUCAAAGUGCCCGUGAAUGAAGAGAAGGAGCUUAGUGAGAUCCACGCCAUGCUUCCCGGAGCGCAAACACGUCUCCAGACUCACGUGUACCGCCGGCGCUUCGCAGUGCUCAGCAUCUUCAGUCUGUAUUCUCUGAUCAACGCCUUCCAGUGGAUCCAGUACAGCAUCAUCUCUAACAUCUUUAAACAGUACUACGGCGUGACGAACGUGAUGAUAGACUGGCUUUCGAUGGUGUAUAUGGUGGCGUACAUCCCGCUUAUCUUCCCCGCUACAUGGCUGCUGGACCGCAAAGGGUUGCGUGUUACAGCGCUGCUCGGCGCCGGUCUCAACUGCGCAGGCGCGUGGAUCAAGUGCGCGAGCGCUGGACCCGGGCUCUUCUGGGUCACCAUGACAGCACAGGUCGUCUGCUCUGUGGCGCAGGUCUUUAUCCUCGGCCUGCCGUCUAGAAUCGCGUCCGUGUGGUUCGGCCCGAGAGAAGUGUCCACUGCCUGCGCCACAGCCGUGCUGGGAAACCAGUUGGGUGUAGCUAUAGGGUUUCUGCUGCCUCCUGUCCUGGUCCCCAACACACCAGAAGAUAAAGAACAGAUGGGCCACAACAUAAGCAUCAUGUUCUAUGGGACAGCCGCUGCCUCCACUCUGCUCUUCAUUUUAACCGUCAUUUUCAUUCAGGACAGACCCUCUUUACCCCCGAGUCAGGCUCAGGCGGUGUUGCCCACAGACCUGGCAGAUGAUUAUUCCUAUAAGCAGUCUAUCAUUAAUCUGUUCAAGAGCAAACCCUUCAUCCUGCUGUUGCUAAGUUAUGGCAUCAUGACUGGAUCGUUCUACUCCGUGUCCACUCUGCUCAACCAGAUGAUCAUCACUUACUAUGAGGGAGAGGAGCUGAACGCAGGCAGGAUCGGACUCACCCUGGUCGUGGCUGGAAUGGUCGGCUCCAUCCUGUGCGGUCUGUGGCUGGAUCACACCAAAACAUACAAAAUGACCACGCUGAUUGUCUACGUCCUGUCCUUCCUCGGCAUGCUGGUGUUCACCUUCACGCUGGAUCUCGGCCAUCUCCUCCUCAUCUUUUUCACUGGAGGAGCUCUGGGGUUCUUUAUGACCGGGUAUCUGCCCAUUGGGUUCGAGUUUGCAGUUGAAAUCACGUACCCAGAGUCUGAAGGCACGUCGUCUGGGCUUCUAAAUGCCUUCGCUCAGUUGUUUGGGAUCAUUUUCACAUUGAUUCAGGGAAAGCUCACCACACACUACAACCCACUGGCUGGAAACCUAUUCCUGUGCGCCUGGAUAUUCAUCGGAAUCAUUUUAACAGCGUUAAUCAAAUCCGAGCUGAAAAGACACGACGUCAACAUGGGAAACGGUAACUGUCAGGCGGUUCCUACUGAGUGUCCUGUGGAUAAGACAUCCAAUGGAUUGUCACGUGAGACAACACUGUAAAGCAGAGACUGUGCUGGACUUCUUCACCUCCAUCAGCUCUCUCUCUCUCUCUCACACACGCGCACACACACACACCUUACUUGAAUCUGUAAUUCCUUAAGGAGUUGCUGAAACUGCUGAGUAAGCGUUAAUGUCGUUUUCUGUAUUUGUCUGUUUAGUGCUAAAAAAAUUCCUCACUUUUUAUAAUCAUGUUUUUUUUAAGGAAUUUAUUUAUUUAUUUAUUUGGUGGUUCAGUUGCUUUAGUGACAUAACUUCACUAAACAGUCCUGUGGAAGCUUCAAGAAAUCUUUGUCCAAUUAAGACAUUGAACAUCGUACUUACUGACUGAAAAGAAACUUACUGACCUUUUGAUUAGAACAGUCGUCCAAUCACAGUGGAUCAGACUGGAAAAUUCUGAAUGAAUUAUAUUUAUAUUUCAUUAUAAAUAUGUAUUGUUUCCCCCAUGAUGAUGAAGAACGUUUUAAAAACGCUGAGCGUUAAACGUACAAGAUAAUCUUUUUAUUUUUUAAAUGAGUAAAUUAUUUUUGGAGACACAGCGCUUGAUCUUCGUCGCCUCUUUAACUAAAACCUGCAUAGUUAAAAUAAAAACCCAGUGUCACUUUUUAAUCAUUUGUUCUGUCCUGCAGGAAAGAAAACCCCCUAAAAUACAAUAAAUUGUUAUUUAUUAAUAUAUAUUCGUGUUAACGGCACUAGAGAGCGUCUUUAUCCCCGACUUGUUUACAUAAAAUCUUUUAUGGCCUUUUUUUCUUCACCAAUUUUUUGGUCCGUUCUUUGUGUUAAGUGAGCGAGAUAAGAGCCAGUGAUUAGCACAUGAUGACUGAACAGUUAAAGCACACGAUUUCCACCCUGUAUGAAGCGCAGAGUGCCGUAGUCACUGUGAAGGAGUUUAAUUACAGGACACAUGGUCGUGUGUGGAUGUGGCAACAGACGGAGCUGAGCCACGUGACCACGUGUUCGAGAUGCACAUCUUUUUAAACAAUCCUGAAGUGUAAAUAAAGUGCAAAUGUUAUAAUUGCGAAUGUUGAUUAGCAGAUCUGAUCUGCAGCACGAUGCAGCCUCGUGCGUUUCACACCAUUUUUACAGACUUUAGAGUCGUUAUAAAACAUGUUUGGAUCAAUUCUACUUCUGAUUUCUAUAAAGCGAAUUUCUGUGGCACGUUUUAACGUCGAUAAACUUGUCAUGGUAGAAUUUAGCAUUAAUGUGGUUUUGUCGGGUUUGUAACGGCAGCCCUGAAGAGAUGUCUGAACCAAUUCCUCCUUUAAAACAGCACAACUCUAUUGUUGUUUACUGACACAUUCUAAAGUUGUAUAAUUCUGUUUUUUUUUUUGUUUUUUUUAAACAGAAACGUGGCACAUUUGUAACACCAUGUUUACGACUUUUUUUUAGAACCAAAUUUUGUAUCGUAAACGACUGCAUAUUUAUGUCCGUCUGUUAUUUAUUCGUCUGCAGUUUAAUAUGUCGGUUUGAGCGGAGCGACUAAUGUGAUGAUGAUUACCAACAUGCUGUAGUUUCGCUUGUUACCUUCAGUCUGUUGUGUAAUUCAUGUCAUCUGGCAAACAUCUGGAAGCUGGCCUGCUGAGGAUUCAGUACUGCUGUGGAACACCAUCACUGACGUUGGACUCAGAAGCGUGUGCUGAAUCUUUCGUGUCGUGCUCGUUUUGAUUAAGAUCUCGUUCAUCGCCAUAAUCUGCUGUUCAGAUCUCUGUAACUGAAGACUAGUAAUUUAUGAUGACUCCAUCUCUCUGGCCUCCAAGAGGUCAUCU